UGCUCCCUCAGCAUGGGUCCCAAACCAAAAAAGCCUUUCUUUUAUGUUGCGGCCUUUGUUAAGUCUGGCCGGAAGAAAAAGAAAACCACGAAAGCUGAGCGAUUGAAGCAGCUCCAAGAGGAGGAGGAGAGACGACAAAAAGAGGAAGAGGAAGCCCGUGUGAAAUCUGAAAAAGAAGAAAUGCAAAGGCUUGAAAUAGAACGAAUUGAGAAAGAAAAAUGGCAACAACUUGAAGCAAAAGAUCUAGAGAGGAGAAAUGAAGAAUUUGAAGAACUUUAUUUAUUAGAGGGGUGUUUUCCUGAAGCAGAGAAAUUGAAACAAAAUAAUAGAUUGCUUUCUCAGUGGAAACACUACAUCCAAUGUGAUGGGAGUCCCGACCCUUCAGUAGCCCAGGAGAUUAACACUUUCAUUAGCUUGUGGAAAGAGGAAGCCAAUGAGACUUUUGAGGAAGUUAUUGACAAGAGUAAACUAGUUCUGCAUUUAAUUGAGAAAUUGAAAUUAAUUUUAUUGGAAACGCCAUCAUAUGAUUUGCAAGAUAAAAACAUAACACAGUACCAUGGGUCAAUCCUGGAACUGCAGGAGCUCCUCCACCUUAAGUUUAACACAGCCACUGAAAUCCUCCUCAGAGAAGCUAGUACUUUAGCAGAUCUGGACAGUGGAAAUAUGGAAAAAAUCAUUCAUGAUGAAAAUGUUACUCUAUAUGUGUGGGCAAACCUCAAGAAGAAUCCAAGGUACAGAACUGUCAGAUUCUCUGAAACACAAAUUGGAUUUGAAAUUCCAAGGAUAUUAGCAGCAAGCAACAUCGCUCUACGACUCCUGCAUACUCACUAUGAUCAUGUCACGCCACUGCGCACUGUUCCAACAUUAUUACCAAAACGUACUUCCACAAUCACUCACUUAGCCAAAGAGGAAGUCAAGAACGUAGAAGCGGCACUGAGCAAAGAAUUCCAGGAAGAGUAUAAACAUCAAAAAAGUGAGUCUCAAUCAAUUCAUAAGGAAGAAAUAAAAGAUGAAGAGCAAGUUGAUAUUGAAGUUCAAACGAGUCCUGUCCAGGAAGAACCUGAAGCCACAAAAUAUGAGCUGGAGAUGAAAUUAUUAAGUGAAACAGUUUUAGCAGCACAGUUGUUGCUGAUAGAGAAUGCCCCUGGAAAGCCACUUUUCUUUGAAGACAAUGAGGUUGAUAUGCACCAAUUCACAGCUCUGGGUGGCGUGUACCACUUGGAUAUUUUGCAGCUUCCCCCACAGUGCAAGCCAAUGAAGAGGUGGAUGAUGAUGGAAAUACUCAAGGAAGGACUACAGAAAUAUAUGUAUCCUCCAGUCGCUACAGAAGACGUUGAAACAGAAAGUGCUUUCCCACCCAUAGAGGUCAUGCUGGAGGUUCAUGAGAACGUGAUCUUUUUUGAGGAUCCUGUGGUUGCCAGGUGGGAUGCUAAAGGUAAACAUUGGAAAACAGAUGGCAUCAGCAAUGUAUUUUACAAAUCAGAACAAAGGCUUAUAUCAUUCAGCCUGGAAAGUUUGGGCCCUGUUACUUUGAUGCAAGAUACUCAUAUUCACAUGCCAUACCAGUCGUGGGAACUAAGACCACUUGAUGUGGAUCAAGUACUUUUGACCGUGACUACAGUAUUUACUGAGAUUCAAAUACAAAUUAAGGAAGACCUCUGCAUGUUAGCUUCAAUCAGACUAAAUAAAAAAAACUAUUCCUCUGUUUUGGAAGGAAAAUGGAUGACUCCUAUUUCUUUCAUUAUUGCUUUGAAAGAAACUGGAUUGAAUAUCUUUCCUACUGAACACUCUCAUUUUUAUGUUGUUAUCAACUAUAAGAUUCCUUUGGUAGAAAUGAAAGCUUAUCGACAAAUGGCCCUGCUAAGUUCUGCUUUUGCAUUUGGUUGGAGCAGGUGGAAUACAAAAUGUGAUUCUAAAAAAGUUAUAUUUAAGGUACAGUAUGCAAAAACCUAUAAAAGUACCUUGUGCUCCAAAAGGAAAGGUACUCAGAAGCUAAAUGAAUGUAGACCAUAGUUUCUCCUCUUAAAAAGAUGAAAAAAAGUUAACAUUUAAAAUGGAGUUUGAAAAUCACUUAUUUUUAUUUUGUUAAAAAUAUAAAACUGAACUAUGUAAAGGUUAUGCCUUCAUUGUUCAUUAUGGUUCCAAAUGCUCUUGCUAUCAGGCCUUAUCUCUCUUUACACUGACUCAAGAACAAAUGGAAGCCUUUAACUAGAAUGUAUCUAUGAUUCACAAACUCUCCUUGGAGAGGGUUAGGCCUCCAGUUUAACUUUCAGGCACAUUCAUUUACUGCUUGCCUGAUAAAGACGGUCUCUUUUCAAAUUCUAGAAGCCGAGUGAUGAAUGUUUUAGCAUCAGUGAGCCACUAUAUUUAUUUAUCUUGUUUGUUGUGUGUUUCUCCCACUAGAAUAUAACCUCCCUGCAGACAGGGUUUUAUUAUUGUAGUCAUUAGUUAUUUAUUAAUGCUUGUUUUUUGUUUGGUUGUUAUUGUUAUUACAUCCCCAG